UGCGCCGCUGUCAGGGAGCCGGAGCAGCGCAGGCUCCCGACGCCGGCCGCGCGGACCGAGGCUGCCGCUCUAGCCCCGCCAGCACCGGACACCGCGCCGCGCCGCGGGCCAUGGACCUGCCCAAGGGUCUCCUGGUGGCCUGGACCCUCAGCCUCUGGCCAGGAUUCACGGACACCUUCAACAUGGAUACCAGGAACCCCCGGGUCAUCGCUGGUCCCAGUGCUGCCUUCUUCGGCUACACAGUACAGCAGCACGACAUCAGCGGCAAGAAGUGGUUGGUCGUGGGUGCGCCUCUAGAAACCAAUGGCCAUCAGAAGACAGGAGAUGUGUACAAGUGUCCGGUAACCCAGGGCAACUGCACCAAGCUCAACCUGGGCAGGGUCACUCUGUCCAACGUGUCUGAGAGGAAGGACAACAUGCGCCUCGGCCUGAGCCUUGCCACCAACCCCAAGGACAACAGCUUCCUGGCCUGCAGCCCUCUCUGGUCUCACGAGUGCGGAAGCUCCUACUACACCACCGGCAUGUGCUCUAGAGUCAACUCCAACUUCAGGUUCUCCAAGACAGUGGCGCCAGCGCUGCAGAGGUGCCAGACCUACAUGGACAUUGUCAUUGUCCUGGAUGGCUCCAACAGCAUCUACCCCUGGGUGGAGGUCCAGCACUUCCUCAUUAACAUCCUGAAAAAGUUCUACAUUGGUCCUGGCCAGAUCCAGGUUGGAAUAGUUCAAUAUGGAGAAGACGCGGUCCAUGAGUUCCAUCUCAAUGACUACAAGUCUGUAAAAGACGUGGUGGAAGCCGCCAGCCACAUCGAGCAGAGAGGAGGGACAGAGACCCGCACAGCAUUUGGCAUUGAAUUUGCACGCUCCGAGGCUUUCCAGAAAGGUGGAAGGAAAGGGGCCAAGAAAGUGAUGAUUGUCAUCACGGACGGGGAAUCCCACGACAGCCCAGAUCUGGAGAAGGUGAUCCGGCAAAGCGAGAAGGAUAACGUGACCAGAUACGCUGUGGCCGUCCUGGGCUACUACAACCGCAGGGGGAUCAAUCCAGAAACUUUUCUAAGCGAAAUCAAAUACAUCGCCAGUGAGCCUGACGACAAGCACUUCUUCAACGUCACAGAUGAGGCAGCCCUGAAGGACAUUGUCGAUGCCCUCGGGGACAGGAUCUUCAGCUUGGAAGGCACCAACAAGAACGAAACCUCUUUUGGGCUGGAGAUGUCGCAGACGGGCUUUUCCUCGCACGUGGUGGAGGAUGGAGUCCUGCUGGGAGCCGUGGGAGCCUAUGACUGGAACGGGGCAGUGCUGAAGGAGACGAGCACAGGCAAGGUGAUUCCACACCGAGAGUCCUACCUUAAGGAGUUCCCGGAGGAGCUGAAGAACCAUGCUGCGUACCUUGGGUACACAGUGACCUCGGUCGUGUCCUCCAAGCAGGGGCGGGUGUACGUGGCUGGAGCUCCGAGGUUCAACCAUACCGGCAAGGUCAUUCUCUUCACCAUGCACAGCAACCGGAGCCUCACCAUCCACCAGGCUCUUCGGGGCGAGCAGAUAGGCUCCUACUUUGGGAGUGAGAUCACCUCAGUGGACAUCAACAACGACAGAGUGACAGAUGUCCUGCUGGUGGGUGCCCCCAUGUACUUCAGCGAGGGCCGAGAGCGAGGCAGAGUGUAUGUCUACAACCUGAGACAGAACCGGUUUGUUUACAAUGGCACUCUGAAGGAUUCCCACAGCUACCAGAACGCCCGGUUCGGGUCAUGCAUCGCCUCAGUUCACGACCUCAACCAGGAUUCCUACAACGACGUGGUGGUGGGGGCCCCACUGGAGGACAGCCACAGAGGGGCCAUCUACAUCUUCCAUGGCUUCCAAAGCAGCAUCCUGAAAAAGCCCGUGCAGAGAAUCACAGCCUCGGAGCUGGCUCCUGGCCUGCAGCAUUUCGGCUGCAGUAUCCAUGGACAACUGGACCUCAACGAUGAUGGGCUUGUGGACCUGGCCGUGGGCGGCCUGGGCAACGCUGUGGUUCUGUGGGCCCGCCCAGUGGUUCAGAUCAAUGCCACUCUGCACUUUGAGCCAUCCAAGAUCAACAUCUUCCACAAGGACUGCAAGCGCAAUGGCAGAGAUGCCACCUGCCUGGCUGCCUUCCUCUGCUUCGUGCCCGUCUUCCUGGCAGCCAACUUCCAAACAGCAACCAUUGGCAUCAGGUACAAUGCCACCAUGGAUGAGAGGCGGUACAUGCCACGGGCACAUCUGGACGAGGGUGGAGACCAGUUCACCAACAGGGCUGCCCUUCUCUCCUCCGGCCAGGAACACUGUCAAAGGAUCAGCUUCCACGUGCUGGACACUGCUGACUACGUGAAGCCAGUGACCUUCUCCGUGGAGUACUCCCUAGAGGACCCUGACUACGGUCCCAUGCUAGACAAUGGCUGGCCCACUACACUCAGAGCAUCGGUGCCCUUCUGGAAUGGCUGUAAUGAGGAUGAGCACUGUGUCCCUGACCUUGUAUUGGAUGCUCGGAGUGACCUGCCCACUGCCAUGGAGUACUGCCAACGGGUGCUCAGGAGGCCCGCACAGGAGUGUUCCAGAUACACACUGUCCUUCGACACCACAGUCUUCAUCGUAGAGAGCACACGGCGCCGGGUGGCAGUGGAGGCCACGCUGGAGAACAGAGGGGAGAACGCCUACAGCACCACCCUCAACAUCUCCCAGUCAGAGAACCUGCAGUUCGCCAGCCUGAUCCAGAAGGAUGACUCAGACAACAGCAUCGAGUGUGUGAACGAGGAGAGGCGGCUACACAAGAAAGUCUGCAACGUCAGCUACCCCUUCUUCAGGGCCAAGGCCAAGGUGGCUUUUCGUCUGGACUUCGAGUUCAGCAAGUCUGUGUUCCUGCACCAUCUUCAGAUCCAGCUCGGUGCUGGCAGUGACAGUCAUGAGCAGGACAGCACCAGAGAUGACAACGUGGCCCUCCUUCGCUUCCACCUCAAAUACGAAGCAGAUGUCCUCUUUACCAGGAGCAGCAGCCUGAGCCACUAUGAGAUCAAGGCCAACAGCUCCCUGGAGAGAUACGAUGGCCUUGGGCCUCCCUUCAGCUGUGUUUUCAAGGUGCAGAACCUGGGCUUUUUCCCCAUCCACGGGGUCAUGAUGAAGAUCACCGUGCCCGUCGCCACCAGGGGAGGCAACCGCCUGCUGCUGCUGCGGGAGUUCUUCACUAGCCAGGUCAACACGUCCUGUAACAUCUGGGGGAACAGCACAGAGUACCGGAGCGCCCCAACUGAAGAAGACCUGAGCCGUACCCCGCAGAGGAAUCACAGCAACUCCGACGUGAUCUCCAUCAUCUGCAACCUGAGGCUGGCCCCCAACCAGGAGACCAGCUUCUACCUGGUGGGGAACCUGUGGCUGAGGUCCCUGAAAGCACUCAAGUACAGGUCUAUGAAGAUCACAGUCAACGCGGCCUUACAGAGGCAGUUCCACAGCCCCUUCAUCUUUCGAGAGGAGGACCCCAGCCGCCAGGUCACAUUUGAGAUCUCCAGGCAAGAAGACUGGCAGGUCCCCAUCUGGAUCAUCGUGGGCAGCACUCUGGGGGGCCUCUUGCUGCUGGCCCUGCUGGUUCUGGCACUGUGGAAGCUCGGGUUCUUUAAAAGUGCCAAGCGCAAGAGGGAGCCUGGACUGGGCCCCAACCCCAAAGAGCUGGAGUGAGAAUACAGUGGAAGCCUACAGUUGAUGGGGCCAGACACCAGCCUGGGGCGGCAGGCCUAGGGUGUGGCCCACUGAGCUGGAGCGGACACCUGUGGACUUUGCAUCCAGCUCACCUCUGAAGGGAUGGCAACCGGUCCCUGUGGGAUGGCCUCUACCCGUGUCGGAGCAACUUCCCUACUGGAGGUUGAGACACCUCCAGUACAGAUACCUAAGGACUUACAGGGACUCCUCGAAGACCCACCGGAAGCCUUCCCAGGCUUUGGGAUGGGAUCUGCUGCCUUAAAUCACUAAGGUGCUAGGAUUUUGUUACUUUGCCCGCCUCUGAAGAAACUCAAGGGGAAGAGGGCAGAUACCAGCCCACUGCGCAUGCUCCAUCUGGACCUCUAGUUUCAGGACCCCAUCGCCCGGCAGCAUAGACACCCCACCUCUCACCCUUGCUCUUGGUUCCCAAGCCACACUCAUCCUUUCUUCACAGACAGGCCCCAUAGUUCUCCAUGAGUGAACCAGAGUUGUGUGGUGUCAUGUGACAGCUGCAGGCCAGUGGUGAAAACAGACACGGGAGAUGUACCAGAUGGGCAGGAGGGAGCCGGAUGCUGAGGGCCGCUCAGACAUUGGAAGGUUCUCCAGCAGGAGCCACCACCCACACACCCCUGGCCGCCUGCAGCCCCUCUCAGCUGCUUUGGUUGCUAGGCAACUCAUGGGGAGUCUGUAAAAGCUAUAAAUCUGUGGCUCUCCAGACCCACUUAUCUUAGAGCUGCAACUUGUUCCUGGCACAGAUGCACUGCGAUAGGGAACCUCUCUUCCUUGCAUCAGUCCCCUACACACACACACACACACACACACACACACACACACGCGCGCACCUCCCACCCACCAAUGUGUGGGAGAAGGGCUCCUGUCGGGGCACUGUGGAGGGGCCCUCUUGGCAUGCACUGAAAAAGCCCAUGCAAGGCCCCUCAGAACCUUAAACCUCAGAAGCAGAUAGGCAUCUCACCCUCCAGUUCUCGGGACAAGCCCCAAGGACAAGGGGCAUGCCGAGUGCCCAGCACAGUAAUUUAUGCCUUAACCCGUUUGUUGAGAUGGAAAUGGACACAUCAAAGCCAUCUGUUCCCCUGUGCAAUACAACCCUUACUGUCAGAAAUAUAUUUAAGAAAACGUUCUAAAAGGUGUUUGAAAACAACGGACAUUCCACUCUGACAGAGCAAGGUCAAAUUCUGUCUUAAAAAUGAGGGUGUGUGCUUGUAUCUAAAUGUUGGGAACAGUCUUGUUCAUUGUGUAGCCAUCUCUCAAGGUCCACCUGGCCUCUUGCUAUGACAUCUCUGUAUCUUGGCAGUGGUGCCCCACCACCACCAUCACCCACCCCAUCUUCGGCCAGAUGCUCUCCCAGCACAGGUUCCAGUUCCUCCAGGCUGGAGCUUCAGUGUUGACACCCGUCCCCCACACUGACUCAUUUCCCUUUAGAGAGAGGCUUCUCACCAACCAAAGCAUCUCCGUUCUAUCCUCAUGCCAUUCACUUUUCACAACCGUAGCACAUGAUUUAUAAAGUAUUCGGGGUUUAAGAUUGUGUGUGCGAGCGUAUGUGCACAUAGGUGCCCAAGGAGACCAGGAGGCAACAGAGCCAUUCUUCAUAGCCAAAUCAAGACCAAAGAGGAACGCCGUCUCCCCAGCUUCAGAAGGGCUACACUGAAGGCCAAAGGUAAACAGUGAUACCAAGCCCAUUUCCCCCCAACAGAGUAUCAGUGGGCACCCUAUGAAUAUGAUCACUGCUGACAAGAGAACAAACAAACGCAGUCAAAACCCUGACUCAACAUGUCUUCCCUCCAGCACCAUCAGAUCUCAUGAGAGUGCUGCCGUAGAAAGCCUGAUGUCAGCAGCUUGGCAUGUUUUUGGAAACUUACACCUGUGCUACUAUGAUGCUAAAUGUCUCUAGCAGAAACCUCUGGACUCAGAGAUAGAGAGCCUCAGGACUCCCAUCUUGCCAUGUCCCCUGCCUACCCCCAGACCAAAAGGUGGCUGGAUCAGACACACUUGUACGUCCUUGUUCUUAAGCCCUGAGACUCUCUCCUUUUUUAGUUCUACUUCCUGAAUCUGGGCAGUGGAGUUGGUACAUGCCUUUAAUUCCAGGCUUCCAGGAGGUAGAGGCAGAGAGAUCUCUGUGAGUUUGAAGCCAGCCUGGUCUACAAAUCGAGUUCAGGACAGCCAAAGCUACACAGAGAAACUGUCUCAGGCAAAAAAAUAAAAAAUAAAAAAUCUUAGUCUAUUA